UAUCCUUGUACAGAGAUGCCUUGUGAUGCACUGUUUUCUUUUCCAAUAACACACCUCAUAUUGGUAAAAACUUAAAUCGCGCUGGUGAAAAAAAUUAUUCCUGUUGUCAGACUUAAUUCCUUUCCCAUCAUAGACGAUUGACGAGACAGCUUUUCCGCCAGAUCAACCAGUGAAUUGACAACACCAUAUGGGUAUUUGCUGAAGGAAAGAAUGACACAUCUUACUAAGCUUUGGUGAUAACCUCAGUUUUGAAUGGAAUUCUUCUAGAAAUGACUUCAAAAUGAGAUGAAAUACCGGAAGAGUGGAAACAGUAAUGCAGUUGAUUUUUCUCUGUGCAUUUUCUGCAUGGCGUAACACAAAUGGGACUUUUGUCAGCAAAAAAUUCAACGCGUACUUCAGUGUUCUUUCGAUCUGUGGGCCUUUCAUCAGAAGGACUCAAGCUUGUGUGUAUAAACCUUUGAUUUGACAUUAUAAUCGAAAUAAUUUGUUGUUCGAGGAAUACAUUGUCUGUAGGUUGUGAGCAAUACAAAACCUGUAAUUUGCUACUGAACGGAAACGUCUUUACCUGUCCUCAGUACCUUGAUGUUAAGAUAUUCGAUACCCAAUCAUCCGGAGAUUUGUUUUCAUUCUAUACCGAAGCGCUUCGACGACGUCCGGAUUAAAGAAAACUGUAUUGGAUAGCUCCAAAAACACCAAGCUACACUCCAACCAAAGUCGUAGGAAUGAUUUAUCUACGGUAUAGAUUAUAUCGAUUGAUGGGGACGUUAAAAGAGUGUUUUUUUCCCCACCGAAUCGCUUUGAAUGUUUUUCCUUUUUUGCAGCUAAGCCUUGAGAACUAUGUACAGCUGUGACUGGACCGCCCAGUCCCUGCAACUACAUUUAUCACCACUAAAUUAGAAGUUUCAACAUUUGCUUUCUUUUGACCGUUAUCAGCAAAACACAGUGACUUGAAAGAAUGUUUCCUUAACAGGGACAAGAAUCAAAGGGAUAAAGUCAGAUGUUCUCCAGAAGAAACAUCUCUGUACAGCAGCUGUGUUAAUGGCAUGGACUUAUCUGUUCAUUGUAUAGCUGUGGAUCCACAUACAUACAGAUUCCAUCUACAAGGACAGUGGAUAUCUGUGCAGUUUAAUGAAUAAACAGGUUUAAACAUCACGCGCACAGAUGAGUUAUGCAAUCUGUUUUCGUUAUGCGCUGAUGGAUUAUAGACGUUGGACAUUUGUGUUUAAAUACCAGUGUGCGCUCUAUUGUCAACGAUUACAACAGAUUUAAAAGCCCUUUUCAUGAGGAUCUUAAAACGCUAUUUAACUACAUAUCUAUUGCUUGUAUUGGUCACAGAACAGCUUAGAAGAGGAAGAAAAUAGAUUUCUUUGUCAAUGCAGACAAAUUGAAGACAUCCUUUCUGUUCACCGACAGGAAUUGAUUUCAGUAGGAACUUUUCAGUCAAGAACGACACUUGCACGCAAGUCUAAAUCGGCUGGGUUUUUAGUGCUCCAUUGACAUUCACAGAGAUGCCUUACAGAACGGCACUUAGACGUUUUCAACGACUGCGAUUUCACGCGUUAUAGUUAUCUAUAAAGACAUCUGCCACUUUGAGUAUACUGAUCUGAACACAGUAUAUUGAACAUUACCAUACAGGAACUGUAGAAUAUGCCAAGUUCGCAGAAAUGCUGACAAAGGACGUACACUCUGAUUUCCAAAGAAUCAAGACAUUUACCACGUCCAAUAUUUAGUACGAUGGCCACAAAUUACUUCUCGUGAAAUACCCGAAAAGAGAUGAAAGGCGAUGUGCUCUGAUUUCUGUAGGAUUAAGACAUUUAACACGAGGGACAUUUGGUACAAUGACGACAAAUUCCUUCUCGUGAAAAAGACCUGAAACAGGACGUGUCUUCUGGUUCUAUUCAGCGUGACCUUGGUCAUGAGUGCUAAAUUUGAUACAAUGGCCACAAAUUCCUACUUGUGAAAGUACCGAGAAAUGCUGAAAAAUGAAACUCUCCGAUUUCCAUAGAAGUGAAGUAUUUGCGUGAUAGUCGCCAUGAGUGCGCUGCUACAUGCGAACAUGAAAUGACCGCAACGUGUGGGCUACCAAAAACAGGAACAAAAAAGUAAUAAAUGUUUUAAGUUUUAAUGGAUAACACUACCAAUGCUUACAACCAAUCCCGAGCAGAUCCUUCGGACGCUCACUCGAUUCCUCAGCCCAUUCGGAUCGUCGUGAUCCUCGUGGUUUCUCUUACUGUGAUCCUCACGAACCUGCUCAAUCUGGUCGUGUUGCGGAAGACACGACAGAUCCCUCUGAUCGCCAAGGUCUGCGUGCUCAACCUGAGCAUCGCCGACCUGACGUCAGGUGUCUUGUGCAUGCUGCCCUGCCUCGUGCCCGCGGUCACCGGAACGUGGCCAUACGGAACGGAAUGGUGCCAGAUCGCGGGGAUAUUCCACGGAACGUGCUGUGCCGUCUCCAUAUGGAGUUUAUCCGUAGUUAGCGUGGACAGGUAUCUAGCUGUGAAGUUCCCCCUGCGCUACCACACCCUGAUGACCCCCAAGCGCUGUGUGACGGCUCUAGUGGCCCUAUGGUCACUAGGGGUGGGGACAUUCGUGAUGCCGAUCUUUAUUUCGCCUGACUUCUCGUACUACCAAUAUUCCCCAUCCACAGUGAUGUGUGGCCUGUAUUGGGCAUUCCCAUGGCUUUGCAUCGUCACUGGAAUAUAUAUCCCUGUGGCGUCCGGAACAGUUAUUGUUUGGACGUCAGUGUCAGUGAUAAGAGAGACCAGCGCAAUGUCUAGUACGAUCAGACCUGCUGAUGCCGCAACUAACGUCAAGAAAAUGGACAUGCGCGCUGUCAAGAUUCUCAGUAUCACGGCCAUCGUGUAUUUCACCGCAUGGGGACCGUACGUCAUCUCUGUGUUCACCUUGUCAUUCGCCGUCGACAUCAACAUCCCACCCGGUGUUCAGUUUUCGUUAAUGUGGUUGGCAAACAGCAACAGUUUUAUGAAUGUGUUUAUCUACUCGAUGAUCUACAAGUCAUUCCGUUCGAUGGCAGUUCAGCUGGUACGUUCAGUUUUGUUUUGCCGAUUCACUGAAUUGCUCAAAACUGAAGGUACAACUACCAGUGUUGAUGGCGACUAGAGUUAUUUAUGUGACGUCCGGGAUGACGACUAAACUACGUCAUGACGUACAGUGGAUAUGAUCGCCUAAACAAGCGGGUGACAGACUCUGUAAAAGACGCUAUUUUCUGCUACAACGCUACAGUACUUGUGGACUACAUUUUUUUACUUUACGAGAACAAUUAUACACAAACAGUGACGCAUUAUUACAGAAAAGACUAAAGGAUCACACGAUUUGGACCCACUUGUUUUAGGUACCCAAUGUUUCCAUUUAUGGACAACUUCAUGUCCAAGUAGGUCAGAUAGGUCCCCGCAUACGUGACAGAGGGUCACUCCGUUUCGAGGGAGAGAUCUCAUUUCGCUUCGAAGAAAUGUAAAAAGUAAAAGAGGCAAGACUUUGAAUAACGAAUUAUUCUUGAGACAUAAGUCACGAGACCAUUGGCGUACAUCUCACUAAGGUUUGUCUUGCAAACAAAACAUUUAUGCUAUCCUAUAGUGCGAGCUAUGAUCAUAUAUGAUAACAAAUUAUACCGAUUUUGAGAAGAGAAAGGGGUGUGGGGACGCCCAAGAUCCAGGAAGCUGCCGUCAUUACGAUAUUACGAUUUAUGUGGUAAGCUUGAAGAUGACUUCAUUCGUAUUUAUGUAGCCACAUAUAUUAUUUAUCUGAAGUGUAUAUUUGACCGUGUAGAAAAACUCCCCAUGUCUGACAAAUGACAAUGUUAAGGACCAAGUUUAGAGUGAUGUUGAUAACAGUUUAGGUAACUGGGGCGGAUAACACAAAGCUGGUUUUGACCUAAGUCAAAAUUUAAAAAUUCUUUACGAUGCUUACUUUUUCAUACUGAAAGUUUCAAUUUAGGCGCAUCUGUCUUUAGAUAGCAUUGACGAGGAGUCAAAAUUUCAAUAUCCAACGCCCAAAAAUAAGUCUUAAAAUCGUAAUUCAAAUAUUGACUUAAGUCAGUCAGAAAUAGUUUCGUGAAAUCGACCCCUGGUGCUGCUGUCUACCAAAACAUGCUAAACUCGACCGAUCAUCCAGAAUGACACUUCUUUUGUUAAUAUAAAUUAUGACAUCACCCGAAGCAACGAAGUUUUGGUGUCUGAAAGAAACACAGGGAGUUAAACAUUAUCAACUAGUGGAUGUAUCCUAAUUGCGUUUUCUUUGUAGUGAUAUGGACAUUCAGUAUUUCGAUGUGUAACGGGUGAGUUGUAACGUAUCACGGAUUAAAGGCAAUUCUGGUUGCCAAUGUAAGUGAUUUUACAGAUAGAUGAAGAUAAACAAGCUAAAGGAAACAGUUUAUAAAUAUACCAUGUGCGGCUAAAUGUGA